GAGAUGAUCCUUAAAUACUGACACAGCAACUCCUACGCAAUAGUUUAGAAGAGGUUAGAAGGGGAUGUUUAGAUUCAAAAUCAGCUGUUUUCCCUUAUCUUUCUAAUGCUACACUAAUAAUCGCGUCUUUUUUUUUUUUUUUUUUUUUUGAUAACUACACAUGACCCCCCUCAUCCGAGAGUAGCAGCACCACCCAGGGCUAGCGUGUAGGAAUUUCACUUAUUUUCCUCCUCGGAUGGAAGAAGUGGGUACGCAAGACAGAUGCUUUCCAGUGAUGCCCAUAAUACAAGAAAUGGGACCGAAUCUCUGCCAGUCUCUACUACACCCAACUGGACGGCUGCAGUCUUCUUGCGCAGAUCACUAGAUCCCUUUUCUGCUACAGAACUAAAAUAAGAUUUAAAAAAACAGGUCUCAGAGUCUAAAUGAAGGCGUUCAGCCAUGCAAUGUUCCUGGAAGGCUGUUCUCCUGCUUGCCUUGGCUUCCAUAGCGAUUCAGUACACAGCAAUCAGGACAUUUACAGCUAAGCCCUUCCAGAUCUGCCCGGUGCCUAAUCCACAGAACUGUGGUUUAGGACAAGAAACUGAUUCCUUUGACAGACUUUGUGAUGAGUAUCCUUCCUUUACUUACAAUAUCACCAGGAAGACGCAUAUUCUAAUCCUGGCUACCACCAGAAGUGGUUCUUCUUUUAUUGGGCAACUAUUUAAUCAACAUUCCGAUGUGUUUUACUUGUUUGAGCCUCUUUACCACGUGCAGACAACUCUAAUUCCCCGGCUGUCCCACAGCAAAAACACUGCGGAUAGGAGGGUCAUGCUGGGUGCCAGUCGUGACCUCCUGAGAAGUCUGUAUGACUGCGACUUGUACUUUCUGGAAAGCUACAUCAAACCUCAACCGGUGAACCACACGACGGACAAACUCUUCAGAAGAGGAGCGAGCAAAGCGUUGUGCUCGCCGCCAGUGUGCGACGCUUUCCAUCCCAGCGAGGUCAACAUCGAAGAAGGGGAUUGUGUGAAAAAAUGUGCUGCUCUAAACAUUACCUUGGCCACGGAUUCCUGCAAAGACCGGAGACAUGUUGCCAUAAAAAUAGUGAGGGUUCCAGAAAUCAACGAUAUCAGGGCUUUGGUGGAAGACCCUCGGCUAAACCUAAAAAUUAUACAGCUGGUUCGAGAUCCCAGGGGGAUCCUGGCCUCAAGGAUCGAAACCUUCCGAGAUACCUACAGACUGUGGAGGAUCUGGAGGGCUAGCGGCAGGAAACCGUACAACUUGGACUUGUCCCAGCUGACGAUGGUCUGUGAGGAUUUCCUGAAUUCCGUCUCCACUGGGCUUAGCAGACCACCUUGGCUGAAAGGGAAGUACAUGGUGGUGAGGUACGAGGAUCUAGCAAGGAACCCUCUCAAGAAAACCAAGGAGAUCUAUGAAUACCUGGGAAUGUCCCUGGACAGUAAUGUGGUAAAGUGGAUACAAACCAACACCCGAGGAAACAAUGAGUUAUCAGCCAAGCAUAAAUACGGGACAGUAAGGGACUCGGCAGCAAAUGCUGAAAGCUGGAGGUUAAAACUCUCUUACGACAUGGUAGACUAUACCCAGACCGUUUGUCACCAGAUUCUAAACCAACUGGGUUACAGGAUGGUAGAAUCCCCAGAGGAACUUAAAAACACCUCCCUGACGUUGGUUGAGGAAAGGAAUUUUUCACCAUUUUUGUAAUACUGUACUGUAGUUGUGGGACAACUAUUUUUGAUAUAUUUAUUACUUGCCUUAUUUUUCAAUUUUUUGCACUAUGAUUCCAAAACCUUGAAGGCAUCUUUUUGGAUACCCUUAUUUCUUACAAACAGCACAAAAAUAGAUUCUGAACUGCGUAAAGCUAAAAAUUGCUGUUUACAUUGCGAGAAUAAACAAAACAGUAACACACUGACAAGCAGGCAUCCACACCUUGUCUGAUGUUUUUUAAAAAGGACCAUAAUGUUUACUCAACAAUGAAGCAAAACUCAAGCACCAUUAUCCUCUAAAUGAUAAUUGUUUGCUGGCUGUUGCAUUAACAAAAGUGAAUGUCGUUGCUUGUCCAUUUUGAGUAAUUGGACCAGUAUGAUUCUGUGACAAAUCUAUUAAAUACCUGUUCAACAAACUUUAAAACAUGUGCAAUAAAAACCAGAAUGUCGCAGUUAAACCUUAUUUUUGUUCUAUAAAUUUUGAGAAAGACAAAUAACCAUAAAUGUCCAUGGUAAGCUGCAGCUACAUUCCAUUACAAUUCUCUGGAAGUCUGAUUCUGUGAACUUGAAGUAUUCAUACAUUUCUCUUAAGAGUAUUAUUUAAAAAAAAAAAGUUGUAAGUGAAAACAUGGACACAGUAACAAAGUCAGCAAGAAAGUGCAUUUCUGUGAGAAUUCUCUAGUACUUCAGGUGGGGGCUAAAAGGUUAACCCUACUCUGUAGUUCAUGAAUUAUGAAAAUGUUAUGUAUUUUUUUUUAUUUUAUUUUCACUCAACCCCCUUUAAUAAGACGCGAAGGCCAUAUUCCAACUUCCAUUUAAACAGGUGGAUUUUUCUCCUGUGUGUGACAUAUAUGUAUGUCAUAUCCCAUGCAAUAACAAGUUAAGAACAUAGGUCAGCCACAAGACAAAAAAAACCCCAUUCCAAUAUAAAAAUGACUAUAAAAGAUUAUAGUAAUAAUGAACACAAACUAAUAAAGCACUCCAGUUAUGUUCUUUCCUGGUUUCACCUGUCAUGGAUAUUAUAGCUAUUAUGAAGUAAAUGUUUUAGCCCUGUCUACUUUUUCUAAAUAUAAAGUACAUUAAUAGUCUGUGGUUAAAUGAGUUCAUUUUCAGAAAAAAAUAAAAAUAAAAAAAAAUAAGCCUUAGUCUACCACUGUGCGUGUUAAUCUUGGCACACAGGUAUUGGAUUUCAUAACAAGGUUGUAAAGAUCUUGCUGAGGUUUUGGAAGACAUUUUGGGCAGUGACUAGAAAGGGAAAAAAAUAACCUAAAAACCCAGAAAGCACAUAUUGCUUGAUAUGAUUUUAUUUUAGGCUGUAAUGUUUGUACCCUUGCCUCUGUUUUGAAAUGCCAGCUGCUAUACCUGUUAAAUAGGCUCUUGUUAAACAGGGUUCGUUUAAGUCUUGUUUUAUGUCUUUAUUGGUCUGUAAUGGUACAGCAGCAAAACUGUUUAAUUUAUUAAAGAGUACAUGGUUCUG